GUCCACUCUAUGGCCACCUUGUUGCACCGGAGAAGGAGGAGUCGACUGUUCGCGAGUUUCUACUACAAGAUCUGAUGGCGGGAAACAUUGCUUAUAAACAUCAUGGCAAUAGCAGCGUGGCCGGAGACCUGGCAAGACUGCAAGUUGCAGACACGCACAACAGAAUUACAGUUCUAUUGGCUAUCAAGGUGCAGUCCCAGAAAACAAGAGCACCUGUUGUGAUGACCAAUACUGGAGGUUCGCUACACAAGGGAGACACUCUUCGAAUUUCCCCUGAACUUUUGAAGUCUGAAGUUCAAGACCCACAGAACUCAAAAGUGAAGGAUGCCGUUUAUACAUUGGUACCUCUGAGAGACAACCCCAAACACGGGUACAUCAUGAUGAUGGUGCCAACACCAGUUGACGGUCCUGGCUCUGGGUGGACAAUGAUGGGAGAUGGGAUGAUGGCCUCGAGAACUGUAAGGUUUCAUCAGCGAGACAUCGACGAGGGCAGGAUUUACUAUAAACAUUCUGGAACAGAUCUGCUUUCAGACAGGUUCACAUUUGAGGUUGCUGACACCUCCAGUCCUCACAAUAUUUUGAGGGAUCAAGCGUUUGAUAUAACGAUCACAGACGAUAAUACGUCGGCUAUUGUUUACCCAGUAAUUGUUCCUGGGACAAAACUGGGACUUACAGUAAUGGAAAACCAGAUCGCUCCAAUAACAAAUGGCCACCUGGCAUUCAGCGACAUAAAUUCACCACCAGAAAAUCUGGUAUACACUAUCGUCUCUCCGCUCAGAGAGGAAGAUGAAGGCACAGUUGAGCACGUUGAUGUCCCAUAUAGUCCGCUGCAACAGUUCACACAAGCCGACAUCAACAACAGACAGGUGAUCUACCGACCCCCGGAUGAGGACAUUGGUGAGGAGGAGCGGGAAGUCAGCUUCAUCUUUGUAGUGAGCAGUGGUAGAGAGAUGAGGUGGUCACCUGAGUACAAGUUCACCAUCAGAAUCCUGCCAGUGAACAAUAAUCCAGCUUUCUUCCUCAACCCUGACCCAGAGGUCACCAUGUCAACAGGCGGUACAUACUCACUGUCCGCCAGUCUACUGGAGGUGUCUGACCCAGAUAACAAGCUCGAAGACUUGGAGAUAAUUAUUAAGAAAACGCCGAACAAUGGCGUGCUGGAAAAACUGAGGGACGGGACAAAAGCUGUUGUAAACAGUGGUGACAAGUUCUACUACAGUGAUAUCAUCAACAACACACUGCAGUACACCCAUUCUGGGGCUACUCCAAUACAAGAUGAAAUCAGCCUUGUUGUUAGUGAUGGUCUCCAUCAAAGUGAGAACAUCAUUCAUUUUAACAUCAUCAAGCUCGACAAGUCCAUCCCGACAAUCCUUCCAUCAGCAACUUUCCAGAUCAAUAUCACUGAAGGAGAAACAGAAAUGAUUACCAGAGAACAAAUUGCAUUUGCCGAUGCUGAUAGUUCCGAUAUUCACUUACUGAUUACCCUUACCUCUCACACAAGUCAAGGUCACUUCCAGGUUAAGAGAAGUUCAGGAGUUUAUCAGAUUGGAUUGGGAGAGAGUUUUACACAGGCUGAGGUCAAUGAGGGAAAAGUCAGCUUCAUCGCUGACACAGAGCUUGGCUUAAAGUCUGUCAGUGAGCUUGUGUAUGUGAAUAUCAGUGACUCAAGUGGAAAUGUUCUUCCUAAUCAGAUUAUCUCACUACAUAUACUUCCCAUGGAUAAUCUUCCACCAACCUUCAUCACUGGUGCACAUAUGGAGGUGGAAGAAGGUGGAGAAGCAGUACUGACUACACAGAUGAUUUCUGUACUGGAUGUAGAUUCAUCGAUAUCUCAAGUUAUUUUUGUUGUGGAGACACCACCACAUUUUGGAAUCCUGCAAAACAGGAAGAUGGAGAGCCAGACAGACUCUUUGCAGUUUCCAUACGCCGAUGUGGUUGAUGGACGCAUCUACUAUCUUCAGUCUGACCACAAGAACAAGGAACCAGCUCAGGACACCUUUCUUUUCUCUGUAAAUGAUGGGAAAAACAGGUCACCAGUGGAAAUGUUCAAUAUUUCAAUAAAAUUGAUCAAUGAUGAAUCUCCCAAAGCUGUGACAGAGCAGCUGUUUGUUGGCGAAGGAAAAACAGUCCCAAUAACUAACCAGACAAUCUAUGUUGUUGAUUUAAUUCAGGAUUCAGUGGAAGAAGCAUCUUUACUACUGGAGAAGUCAAUAUUUUCCUAUCAGGAUGUUCUGAAUCAAGUUAUCAUAUACAGCCAUGAUGAUGGAGAGACAACUAAGGACUCUGUCGUUCUGUAUCUGACAGAUGGAGAGUUUGGUAACACUGUCAUACUAAAUAUCAUCAUAGGUCUUGUCGGUGAUGAGACACCAAGGGUCACUGUCAACAGAGGACUUAGAGUGCAAGCAGGCACUACAACAGUUAUAACACAGCAGGAUUUACGAGCAUCAGACUUGGACAGUGAGAGCUCACAAAUUGUGUACACAAUCAUGAAGGAUCCGAAUUUUGGACAUCUUGAAUUCAGUGAUGGCCAGGCUUCUUAUACUAUAUCUGCUGUUUCUGUAACCAAAACAUUUCAGCAGAGGGACCUUGAUAACGGAUACAUUUCCUUUGUUCAUGAGAUUGGAGAACAAACUGGCAAUAUGCUGUUUAAAUUCAAGUUAACUGAUACUGAGGGGAAUGACCUAAUUGACCAAGAUUUCUUUAUUACAGUCUACGAUGACCAUCGCCCACCAUUUGUGGUCAGCAACAAAGAGUUUUUAGUGAUCGAGGGUUCAAGAGAAAAACUAACCACAAAUUUCUUGUCCUUCUCGGAUGCUGACACAGAGCCUGGAAGUUUGAGUUAUACAGUAAUGGCAGGUCCAGACUUGGGACACCUGGAGUUCUUAGGCCAACCAGGCAUGUGUAUCCCAGUUAUGAGCUUCACUCAAGCAGAUCUGGCAGCCAACAAAGUGAUCUAUGUACACACUAGCACCCUGGAGCUAACCAUGGAUCAGUUCACCUUUGCUGUUUCUGAUGGGAAAAACAAGAUUGUUCAGGUUUUCUUCAUCAACAUUCAACCAGUGGAUGAUGCAAUACCUGCACUGAGUAAUAAUGGGCUCAAAGUGCAAGAGGGUGUUAGAAAACUCAUCACAGAGUUUGAUCUUAAAGCUGUGGACCAAGACACCAAGGAGCACAUGAUCUUGUUUACUGUUGUAAAACCUCCAGAGCACGGUAGUCUUGAUCUAUACACAUCAGGAUCAUACAGCACAACAAAAACCUUCACCAUGGAAGAUAUCUAUGAAAACCGUGUCAGCUACCAACAUGGAAGUGGAGAGACAACCCAUGAUUCGUUCACAUUUCUUGUUAGUGAUGGAACUAACAGGUUGUUUACCUUACAACAGGGUUCACCUGCAAACAGGCCACUAGAGAUUCCACAGACAUUUGCCAUCACUGUUCUGCUGGUUGAUGAUGGAGUGCCUAUAAUUGAGAGAAAUCUGGGUCUGCAGUAUUUAGAAUCUGAAGGCACUGAAGUUGGAAAAGUGAUCACUUCAAAGGAGCUGUUUGUUACUGAUGAAGACUCUCCAUCCUAUGAAAUAAUGUACAUUGUGACAGAUUUACCUAAAUUUGGUUUCUUAGAGAACACAAGGCAUCCUGGGAAACAUUUAAAAUCAUUUACACAAAAGGACAUCAACAAUGCAGUGAUCAGAUACAGAAUGAGCAGAGGAAGCAGCAAUUUACAGGAUAACUUUGACUUUGAUGUGAUGGACAGGAAGCCAAAUAUGGUACCUGGUAACCGAUUCCAUAUCGUGUGGUCGGAGAUCAGCAUAGGGCAGUCAUUUUUUAAUAUCACAGAAACACAGAGAGUACUUCAAGUGCCAGUGGUCAGGAGAGGCAAUCUCAAACAGUACUGUGUGGUUGAGUGUGCAACUUUGCCUGGUACAGCAACUUCAAGGACAGAUAUGAGCAGGCCAGGACUACAGGACUUCGUUCUGACAUCAGUGCAGGUUCAGUUUGACAGCUGGCAAGAGAGUAAAACUUGCACUGUCAUUAUCAACGAUGACUCUGUCUAUGAAGGACCUGAAACAUUCUAUGUUCAUAUAUCAUCUCCAACUUUUGCUGUCCUUGGAGAUGUGAGACAAGCUGCUGUCACAAUUCAUGAUGAGGAAGAUCAACCCACAUUGCAGUUCACAUCAGAGAUGGUGCAAGUCAACGAAUCAGACGGUCAUGCUGUAGCAACAGUAGUUCGAUCUGGAGAUGUCAGUGACUCAGUGUCAGUCAUCUGUUCAAGCAGAUCUCUGACUGCCACUGGCAGCAGCUUGACUAGUCUAGAGUCUGGCUCCGACUUCAUCUCUAGAGGCUAUUCCAGUGCUUACAGAGUUAUCUUUCCUCCAGGUGUCACUCAUACCAACUGUAGCGUGAAGUUAAUUGAUGACAGUAUGUAUGAAAGUACUGAGCAGUUUGAGCUGCAGUUAUCGGACCCUUCCAUUCCGGCAGCACUUGGUGCUCUCACCACUCUCCUGGUGAUAAUAGAUGGACCAAAUGAUGUUUCACAUGUGUAUCUGGCACAUGAUACCUUUGCAUUCCCUGAAAACAGCGGAACUGUUGAGCUUGAGGUUUUGAGAGUGGGCUCUGACUUGUCUCAUCCCACCGUGGUUUGGUGUGCAACAAAAAUGUCAAGCCCAGUGUCUGCGACCCCUGACCAAGACUACGUACCUAGCUCCACCAAGUUGACUUUUGGCCCUGGACAAAGCUCAAAUAUUUGUCGUGUGGUUUUGCUGGAUGAUGACCUUGAACCAAAACUGGAAGGAAAUGAAACAUUUGUUGUAUUCUUAAGUUCUGCUGUGGGGAGUAUUCUUGACCAACCACAUUAUGCUGUUGUUACCAUCUAUGAUGACAACCUGGACAUCCCACAGAUAACAUUUUCACAAGACAGCUUUGUGGUUGAUGAGAAAAAUAAAACUGUCAAUGCCACCAUCUUGAAAUCUGGAGAUGUUACCUUGGAAUCGUCUGUCAUUUGCUACACACAACAGCUCACUGCAGAAGUGGCCAAAGACUUUGAAGAAAGGCCAUUUACCAAUGACUCAAGAAUUGUAUUUAAGCAUGGAGAAAAGAGCAAGUCCUGUGUAGUCCACAUUGUGGAUGAUGAAGAGUUUGAACAAGAUGAGAUUUUCCGGUUAAAACUUGGGUCACCAAUGGCUAGUAAUGGAAUCAUUGCAACACUUGGACAACAGAGCACUGCAGUUGUGACAAUUACUAACUUUGAUGAUGUUCCCACAAUCCAGUUUGAGCAGUCAGCCUACAGUGUACAUGAGCCUGGUGGGGUAGAUCAGACAGCAGCAGUGAGAGUGAAGGUCAUUCGUGCAGGCUCUGUCAAUGAGACAUCCAGUGUGAGGUGUAGCACCAGAGAUGGAUCUGCACAAUCUGGAUCUGAUUACAACCCAAAGUCACUUGUGCUGAAAUUUGAACCAGGUGUCAGGAAAAUAGAUUUUUCUGUGGAUAUUCUCUACAACACUGAUGUAGAGUGGCAUCAGUCUUUUAAGAUCCAGCUGGGUCCAGAAGAGCCCACAGGCUCUGUUUUUGGCUCCAUUACUGAGGCGACUAUCACAGUCCUUGACAACGAGGUCUCUGGAAGCUUAGUGCUACCUGCUGCUCCAAUGGUCAUUUCUCUGCUUCAUUUCGGAAACUCUGAGCAAGGUUUGAACACGAAUCCAUCCCCUGGCUACCCACUUGUUUGUGUGACUCCAUGUGAUGUCCAGUACCCAGAUUACCCAGCCACUGCCAGUUUAUGUGAAGAUGGUGGUAUUAAUCAAACCUCGAUAACCUACCAAUGGGAGAUGGCCAUGCCUCAGAAUGAUGACACUGUUAGUUCACUGUUUGUCCGGGUUACAGAUGGGACACUCUUCACCUCGGUGGAUAAGAAAGUCUUAGACAGUGUCUAUUUCAGACCAUACUUUCAGGUACGAUGUAUUGCCCAGCCGCUGAAAGGUAAUGGACAUCCAGGAAUCCCACUGAAGUCUCGAUCUGUUACAAUUGGAACAAGUCCCAUCUGCAAGUCUACAGCAUUUCCCUCUUCUCAUCACUUUGCAUACCAGGCUCAGUCCUUUCUGGCAAGUCUGGAGUACAUUCCACCUGACAGAGCACAACACGGCAACACCGUUCAUAUUUCUGUUCAGGUAUUUCACAACUGCAGGAGAUACAAUUUAAAUAACUUAUCCUAUUGA